AUGUCUCCAAUUAGGUCUUAAAGUGAAAAAAAUUCAUAGAAUUCUAACCUUUAAAGAAAGUGAUUGGCUCAAAGAAUAUAUUGAAAUGAACACUAAUCUUCGAAAAACAAACAAAAAAUGAGUUUGAAAAAGAUUUCUUCAAAUUAAUGAAUAACUCAGUUUUUGGAAAAACUAUGGAAAAUGUUAGAGAACGAGUUGAUGUUCGUUUAGUUACUGAUGAGGAUAAAAAUAGUUAAGCUUGCUUCAAAAACCUAACUUUAAAAGAACCAUUAUGUAUAAUGAAGAGUUAUCUGCUGUAGAAAUGGAGAAAACCAAUAUAACACUUGAUAAACCUAUUUAUGUCGGUUUUGCUAUUCUAGAUCUGAGUAAGUGGUUGAUGUAUGAUUUUCAUUAUAAUGUAAUGCAGAAAAAGUAUGGAUAUCAAAAUGUAGAGUUAUGUUAUCAAGAUACUGACAGUCUCAUAUAUGACAUCAAGACUGAAGAUUUCUACAAAGAUGCGGAAAAAGAUAUAGAUUUUCAAAAAUAUUUCGAUUUUAGUGAUUAUCCGAAAGAUCAUGUAUUAUACUCAGAAGAAAAUAAAAAAGUUGUUGGAAAAUUCAAAGAUGAAUUGAAUGGUAAAAUUAUGACUGAAUUACUUGCUUUAAAACCUAAACAAUAUGGUUUUAAGACUCUAGAUGGUGAAGAAACUAAGAAAAGUAAAGGAAUAAAGAAAAAUAUUGUCAAGAAUGAACUGACACUCGAUGAUUAUAAGCAUAGCCUUUUUUUAAUAAGACUAUUAUUAGGAAAACUCAAUAUACUAUCAGAAGUGUUAAACACACUAUUUUCACACAAUGUCAGAAUAAAGUAGCUCUUAAUAACUCUGAAAAUUCUACAGAACAUAAACGUUACAUAAUAAAAGAUAAUCACUCGACAAUGGCAUUUGGAAAUGUGAUUAUCAAACCGGAGGUUCUGGGAAUCUGAGAUUCUUGUAUUAAACCGAAUCUUUUAUAGAAAUGAUAAAAACAAUAUCUUGAAAGUCUUUAGUUUCUAGUAGUUUCAGAAGAAGUAAGCAAUAAUAACCACAGUGAUGACUUGCGAAGUCUUGAAUUUGAAAUGUUGAACUCAAUAUUUUUAUUUUAUCUUCUCCAUUUUUUAAAUAUUCUUGAAGUUCUAAAGGUGGAUCUAAUCCGAACGAAUCAAAGUAAUAUAUUUUAUCUUUAUUUUUGGAAUAACAAACCCAAUGUGUUCCUAUACCUUCAGAAGAAUCUAAAUUUACAAUACCUACUUCUUUAUCUUUCGGCUUCGCUGGUAAAGUAUCUCGCAUAAACACACCACGGAAGUUCUUAAUCUUUAAUAAUACUACUAAUUCUAAGAGGUCAAGAUUUGUUAAUGCCUUUAGAUUUGUAUCGAAUCUCAGAUUCGUCAUUUAAUAGCAAUAAAAACAAUAAAUACAAGUGAAAAAUUGUAAGUGGGCAAAAUGGUCACUUCUACGUCCAGCCUAAAAAGUGUCGUUUUUCAAAAAUGACUGAUUUUCGAUGAGCUUAGGCACUUUUCUGAUGAAAAUAAGCGUUACAAUAGUCAAAAAGUGCAAAAAACGUCAUUUGGGCAAAAUGACCGUCCAGCGUCAACCAUUUGUAUACUACUCAGAUUCAACUCGGUCGGCAACAAGUCGUGCUUCAACCUCUGCGUCAACAACUGCAUGGUCGACGUCUCCAAGUGCCUCGACAGCAACUAUGCGUAGGUCCUACUCUCAGAACAAGCUCAAGAAGUUCGACUCCAGAUGCGCCAUCAAGAAGACGCCCAUCGGAGGCAACAACGACCUGAAGAAGAGCGGCUGCGACAAACUCUUCUACCCCGCCUGGUACUUCACUACUCCAGCCCCCGGAAAGUAA